AAGAAAAGGGUCCAUCACGACGUCGCCCGCCCCUGCGAGCUGCGACCACACAGAAACCUCCAGCCUGGACCUGGACGCGGACGGGGACGAACACGCUCAAGUUGCAGUUGCAGUUGCAGUCGCGCACGGGGCAACGCCGAGCUUCCCGCUGCCUGCUCCGUGCGCUCCCGGCCGCUGAGCCGGACAAACACAGCGAGCAGCUCGAGCAGAGUGGCGGCAGCAAGAAUAGUAUGGGCGGCGACGGAGUGAGUGAGUGAGAACUGAGGACGAAUUGGUUGAUUGGGGAGGCCACAAACUCCACCACGAGCAAGGAGCCAAUCCGCAUCGCUCAGUCGCUCGCCGCUUUCUUUAAAGUUUCAAGCGCUCCCGAGCUCCCUCCCGCGGUGGAGGCCGAAUCACCUCUGGCCACUUUGGCAUCUGCCUCUGCCUCCACCUCCACUUCCCUUCACCAUAAAUACCCCUCUCUCGCCGCCCGUUCCCACCUCCCCCCUCCCUCCCUCCCUCCGGGCUGACUGACUGACCAAGGUCUCGCCGCCUUCUUCCGUGUCCGUGUCCUCCGACUCCGACAGGGAAAGGGAAGGCGAAAGAAACCUUGGGGGUCGGUUGGUUCGUGGAUGACGGAGCUGUGGAUGGAGGUGCUGCCGCCGCCCUACUUCGCGGGACAGGCGGCGGGCGGCGGGUGGUUCCUGCCGCCGCCGCCGGACCGGCGGGCCGGGACCGGGGCGUGGACGGUGGAGGAGAACAAGAUGUUCGAGCGCGCGCUGGCGCGGGUCGACUCCGACGCGCCGGAUCGGUGGGAGCGGGUCGCCCAGUUGCUGCCUGGGAGGACGGUGGCCGACGUCGUCGCCCACUACGAUGACCUCGAGAGCGAUGUCGGCUUCAUCGAGGCCGGAUUCGUGCCCUUCCCCCGCUACGGCGGCGGCGGCGGUGGCGCGUCGCAAUCCGCUGGGUUCACGUUCGACUGGGAUGCCGGCGCCGGCGACGCUGGCUUUAAGCGCUCCUGCUACGUGGUUGGCGGCGGCAAGCGCGAGCGCGGUGGGCCGGACCAGGAGCGCAAGAAGGGCAUCCCCUGGACGGAGGAGGAGCACAAGCUGUUCUUGAUGGGUCUGAAGAAGUACGGGCGCGGGGACUGGCGGAACAUCUCGCGCAACUUCGUGACUAGCCGGACGCCGACGCAGGUGGCCAGCCACGCGCAGAAGUACUUCAUCCGCCUCAACUCCGGCGGCAAGGACAAGCGCCGCUCCAGCAUCCACGACAUCACCACCGUCAACCUCCCCGACGACGACACCGCAGGCGGCGGCAACCCCUCGGCCUCGCCGCCCUCUGUGUCUGUGCUCACCUCCACCUCCACCACACCCUCGUCCACCACCACCGGCGGCGGCCCGGUCAUCUCCGAGCAGUUUGGCGUCCUCGUCGACAGCAAGCCCCCGCCGCCGCACCACCACCACCACCACCACUUCUUGCCGCACUCCUCCUACGGCAACGUGAAGCUCGAGCCCGGCGUCAAUUCCCAUCACGGUGCUGGCUUCCUGGACGACUCUGUUCUGAUGCAGAUGCAGAUGCACUGCGGCCAGCUGCAGCCUCUCGGCUGACUGACUGGUUUUCACGCAGAAAUUACAAUGGCAGAAAGAGGAAAAUACCUCUCGUCUUUGGCCACGCACCAGUCUGUUGCGCGUGUCUGUUGUUGGUUUCAAUCAAACAGGCAAAUAACAUUUGGGUACAGCACACAACAUUCUUGCUACAGAUGGAUGGAUGGUUCAUGCAGACAGCUCCGAGCUCAGCACAGUCGGCAGCCGAGCGCUAGCGUUCUGCUGCACCUGAGCUGAGCUGAGCUCCCUGCCGUGUGUGUUCCAGAGACGAGAGGAAGAGGAAGAAAAAAAAAAUACAGUAGAAGAUAUACUUAUGGACGAUGGGGUCUCUGCAUUUCGCCUAUAUGAUGUGUACAUAAGUCGACGCCCGCAGUGAAAUAAUUUCCUAGUGUAAUUUUGUGUUCCUGUGUGAUGGGAGGCACACUAGCUACUAGAUGUUGUGAUUACGCUAGACUUUCUCUUUGUAAUGAUGUGUUGAUCGGUUAACGUCAUGUAUUUGGAUAGCAGGUAGCAUCAGCAGCAGCAGCAUGCUGUUUAGUGUCUUGUAAGGGUUUUUUAUUUAUCAUUAUAUUUAAGCUGGGGUGUAUUAGCUACUAGCAUUGGUCACCCUCUCAUUGACCUGCUCUUUUGUUUGUCUGUUAUUAAUCAUGAUGGUGAUGAAAUGAAAGGAUUGUAGUUUUCA